CCGUGGCUACAGGCUGGCCGUAUUUUGCACCUCAUGGGUAAGUUCGCCGAGGCCGAGCCCCUGUACAGGCGGGCGACCGAGAUUUGGGAGACAGCGUUGGGUCCCGAGCACCCACAUGUGGCAACAGCGCUCAACAACCGGGCGGGGUUGUUGAUCAAGCAGGUGCUCAACAACCGGGGGUUGUUGAAGGCACAGGGCAAGCACGACCAAGUCGGGCCGCUGUAUGACCGUUCCCUUGCCGUCGAGAAGGGCGGAGUUGUUGAGAGCGCAGCGCUCAACAACCGGGCGGAGUUGUUGAGAGUGCAGGGGAAGUAUGAGGAAGCCGUGCCGCUGCAUGAGCCGUCAUCGGUAAUUCGAGAGACGAUGCUGGUCGAGAGCACCCUGGUGUGGCCGCAUCGCUCAACGACCGGGGCGUUGUUGUUGGAGCAUCAGGGCGAGUACGCUGAGGCCCUGCCACUGUACGAGCGGUCACUGGCGAUAUUCGAAAAGGCCUGUGGUUUGGAUCACCCGAAUUCAGCCACGGUGCUCCACAGCCUGGCGGGGGUGUUGAUAGCCCAGGAGAAGUACACACGGAGGCAUUUCCACCAUUGGAUGCUCAGAAUCCGUACGAAGAAACUUGGGGAGAACCACCCGGACACGGUUUGGACUCGGAACAGCCUGGAAUAUGUGCGAGAGAAGGUUCGUCAGCCACGGUCGAAGCCUUAG